AUGACUAGAGUGAGGCAUUACUAUGAGGUUACUAUACCCUCGUAUACACUUGAUGAAUUUAAAACCCAUUUUCGUUUGUCCAGAGACACAUUUGAGAGUACGUGCCAGAGAUUAUCAACAGUUAACGCUUACAACAAUCAAAAGGGCCCUGCCCCUAACCUUGAAAAAGAACUGUUGAUGUUUUUGUGGUACUUAGGAAACCUUGAGAGUUUUCGAUCUAUGGCUGAUAGGUUUGGUACAUCUAAAGGAAGUUUUCACGCUAGUGUUACUAGAGUAUCCUCCUCCUUGAUAAGUGUUAUGGCAGAAGUAAUUAGAUGGCCUUUAUCACAAGCAGAACUAAAUGAAACAUGUCAAAAAUUUGGAGAAAACUGUCAAUUUCAAAAUGUUGUGGGUGCUUUGGAUGGCAGUCACAUUCCGAUAAAGGCCCCCAAACACCAGCCACAGGCCUACUACAAUAGAAAGAAAUUUUACUCUGUGGUGCUUCUGGCAUGCUGCAAUUCCAAAAUGGAAUUUACCUAUGUUUGGACAGGAAAUCCUGGAAGCACGCAUGAUGCAACAGUAAUGCGAAUGUCAGAUCUUUUUCAAAAGAGUGAUGAAAAGAUUCCUGUUGGCUAUGUCAUAUUGGGGGAUUCAGCCUUUCCAUUACUUCAGUGGCUCAUAACACCUUUUCGGAAUUUUGGCAACCUAACUGAGCAACAACGAAAAUUUAAUAAGGAGCACAGCCGUAGCAGACAAGUCAUCGAAAGAUCGUUUGGCUUAUUAAAGUGUCGGUUUAGGAGACUUUUGCGAUUUGAGUCUUCAAAAAUUAAAAUCCUAGUAGAGUCUAUACUUGCUGCUUGUGUUUUACAUAACUUAUGUAUUUCAGACACAGACUUUAUCGAAGUACCAGAUGAAUUUGAAGCUUGUUUUGACAUGCCACCUGCCCAUGACGGUCAUCAACUCCAAGGAAUUCAAACCAGACAACAGAUGAUGAACCAGUUGAUAUGA